UAUAUAUAGUGUAUUCUCGUACUAAAUAAAAUGUGUAUUUUAAAAAGUUUUAUUGUGAUGAUUAGUUCGUUUGCUAAGUAUGUUUAAAUUGUUUUAAAGUUUAUGGAAUUAGUUUGUAAGAUGGACACACGACCAAGUGGAUCUCAUUCAAGAAAAAUAUGGGUUAUUCAAAAGACAGAUGCUAUUAUCGAAAAAGAAUUGCAGUUGAAGUUCUUAAAGGAGUCGUUUCCUGGUGUAAACCCCAUGGCAUUGCAUGAUGCUCUAUGUGAAGUUAAUUUUAAUGCUGACAAAGCUGCACAACUUCUCAUGGGCAUAAGCAAAAAAGUGUCCGAAAUAUUGCCGUUUACUCAGUGGAAAAAUGAGCUAACUAGUAUAAUUUCAAGUGGUAAUAAAUGCGUGGAAACCCCAUUACCAGGUGUAAUAAAUAAAAGGUCUUCAAAUUCAAACACCACAAAUGAUACAAAAAGAGCCAAACUGGAAACAUUAUUUACAGAAAAGAAAAGUACAAGAUUAACCCCUGGUGAAGUUAAAAAACCACUAGUUUCCCAAAAACGCGUAACUGCACAUAUGACCCUCAAUUUUAUUCCUAAACACGAAAAUAGAGACAGUUUGAAUCCUAGAAUAGACUAUGUCGAUGAAAGUAGUAGCAGUGAAACAAAAUUAUCAAGAAACGAACCACUUGUGAAGCCUGAAGAGAAUUUCAAACAGUUAAGAAGUGGUAGACCAAUUGAAUCUAAUAUUAUGGAUUUUAUUAUUAAGAAAAGAUCAAAAAAAUUGUCUGAGAAGAAAGGAAAAAGUAUCCCAAGUACUGAUAUGACAUCAUCUGAUUCAACUAGUCCUUUUAGUAUUGUGAAUUCACCAAUGUGUUAUCUUCAAGAGCAAACUGUAUCAAGUUCUGAUUUCAAUCCCUAUGACGGAAGUGACCUGGAAAACGACAGGAACAUCUUGCUCAAUAUUUUCCAAACUGCUGGCUUCAAUGACUUGAAUUUCAUAACAUCUUUUUCAAAAAGGGCAGUAGAUGCAAUUAUUGAAUGUCGACCUUACAAAAGUUGGAUGGAUUUGAUUCAGAAGUUCGAAAAUAACAAAUUUUUGGACAUUGAUGUUUUAAAUACCACUCGUCAGUUACUAGAUAUUUACAGAAAUCUUAAAAACUUAAUUUUGAAACUUGAAGAGAUUAGCAAAACCAUUAAAAAUGAAAUUGUUCUUGAAACUAUUAAGCAUCAGCCAUCAUUAGUUUCACCUUUUGUUCGAUUGAUGGAACAUCAAAUGUUGGGACUUAAUUGGUUGGUGUCGAUGAAAGAACAGAGAAUUAAUGGAAUUUUAGUAGAUGAAGAUCAGUUUAGUACAAGUGUUCAAGUGAUUUCUUUUUUGGCUUAUUUAAAAGAAGUUAAAGCAACUAAAGUGGGGAUUCCCCAUUUGGUUGUUGUACCCUCUUGGAAACAAGACGACUGGAGAUCAGAUUUUAGAAGAAUUUCGCCAGAAUUAAAAGUCUUCUUUUAUCAUGGAAGUAAAGAAGAGAGGCGUCAGUAUAGAAACGAAUGGUAUAAGGGGGAAUUAUCAAAAUAUGACGUCAUCCUUGCUACACAAGGAACGUUUAUUUCCACUCCAGAAGAAAUUAAAAUGUUUCGUAUUAUGCAAUUACACUGUGUCAUUUUUGAUGAUACACCAACACUUAAAGACAUUAACAAUGUGUUUAAUGAGCAUGUGAUGAAGAUUAAGGCAUCUCAAAAAUUACUUCUGUUAAGUAAACCGCCCCAAAACAAUAUUCUGGAAGUGCUUUCUCUAUUAAAGUUCGUAUUUCCAAUCGAUUUUGACAUAAGUUUAGAAGAUUUGGCAACAUUUAUAAAUAAUAAAUACAUAGUACAGAAAAGCAAUCUUUCAAGUUUCCAUUUGGAGAUUAUUCAACAUGCAGCGAUAGUUUUGAAAAUUGUAUUGUUCCAAAGACUGAAAAAGGACGUCCAAUCAUCACCUAUUAAAAAUGAUAUGAAUAAGGAUCAUGUCCUUCCAACAAAUAUAAACGAUCAAAUCGAAAGUAUUAUUAAAGAAAUUCAAAGGCUUGAACUACCAAUCAAAUUGGCUUUCAACCAGUUGACAACAUCUCCACGAGUUUUUGUAAAGAAGAUAAAUUUACUCGAUGAAAUGACUAGAAUUAAAGAGAGCGGUUUGAGAAGAGACAGUCGAGUAGCCGCAAGGGGUGGCGGCCGUGGUUACAGAGGACGUAGAGGAUUGGGCAGAUGGCAUAGAGCAAGAGGUCGGUCCUAUGCUUGGCGACACGAUGAUACAGACUCCUCUUCAGCAGAAUGGAGUAGACGUUCUUCAACAGAAAGCCUCAUUACGUCAACAGAUUUCGAUAAUCUCACGGAUGAAAUAUCUAACCCUCAUAUGGGUAGUACAAAAGGGGUUCGAAACGUGGCAAGAAGGGGACGCACAUGGUCAUGUGCUGUAGGUACCAGCGAUUCGCCGAGACAAGCGCCAUCGUUGCGAAAUGUAGCCAGACGUGGAAGAAAACUUGGUGGAAAGUCACAAUUAUUUGAAAUUCCUGUUGAUGGAGACGAAAACGAUAAAGAAACUAGUACUGCGAGAUCUCCAAAUGGUAAAAGGCGCGGUAGAGGCAGAUCAAAGCUACAAGGGACUGAUCAUACAGCUUUCCAAACAACAUCGACUGCUACCAAAAAGAUUCUAGAAGUGAAUCCAAGAGUAAUACAAACAACGAGAACAGAGAAUGAUGUUGAGGAAUCAGAAAGCGAUGACACAUUUACAGAUUCAGAUUUCAAGGAAAGUGAUUUAGUGACUUCGACAAGUACAGAUACCGACGACAGCUGGAACCAAAAUAGGGGCAGAAGCAGGAAGAAAUUGAGAAACAGUAAAAGGAAGAAAAACAAUACGAGGGCCAUAGCGGAAAGGAGGUUAAAGUCUGCGGGUCAUGAUCUAGAAAAUAUGUUAAACGACAUUUGGAACAAGAAAAAUAAGUCACAGGAUGCGUGUGAAGAAGAUAUUACCGAAGUAAGCAAGUGUCUGGUGAAGAUCGAAUUUGAAGAUGAUGGCAUUACCAUCAAGGAGGAACCGUUAGAAAAGGAAAUUAAAGUUGAAGUCGGAGAAGACAGUAAUACAAAACCGUUUAUAAAAUUAUCUCCAAGCAAACAACAAACCCCUCCCAGUCCGCAAGAAGAUCCAUUAUUCAUAGAGGAAGAAGAGCGAGAUCAAAUUACUGAGGGAGCAAAUAUAUUCAGUAACGAUAUUAUUUUAAAAGCUAACGACAUUGCGAAAGACAAUAAUCAGAACACUACUGCGCCGUGUCUGGUGAACAAGUUCACAGAACAAAGUAAAAAGGAACUUCGAAAAAGUUCCUCCUGUGUCAAUUUGACAAGUGAUAUUAUUGUCGUAAGCGAUGAUUCAGAGGUCGAAGAACAACUGAAUAAGAAAAUAUCGUUCAAUGAAGUCCUUGCAGGGAUCGAUGAACAAGGCACAAAUGAUAACAGCAAAAACAUUAAAGAAGAAUCUAACAAAGUUUCAGCAUCAAAGGGUUCUGUAAUUAUUGGUUACGAUAAAAGUGACAAGAGAGAUGAUUUUACUGUGGAUAUUAGUUCAGAUACAGACAGUGUUGAUGACUCUGUGAAGGAGAUAAAUAAACCUCUAAAACUAGACGAUAUAAUGAUGAUAAUACUUGGUAAUGAAAGACCUGCACCAACGAACAUAACACACCUUAUAAAUGCCCAACUCAAUCACAUAGAGAUUAUUCAAGAAAAGCCUCCAGAGAAAGACGUUUCAGGGAAUCCCCACUCGUCAGAACAAGAAUCUACUAAGGUGUCAUCUUUUUUGAAUGAACCUAAAAGUAAAUCAUCAUCAUCUACAGUAAACAGUGACACUGCAAAUGAUAAUGACUUGCUGAAGCAGUUAGCAGACGUUGAAGAAAACAACAUAGAAAUUGUGUCAUUACCUGCUGAAAGAAAUUUAUCAUCAACCAACAGAGAGACUGCUUCAUCUUCCAACAAUAUAAUUGCCCAAAGUGCAAAGAUGUUAUCCCUUGAAACGCCAGAGAGUACUUGUUUAAAAACUGGAUCAUUACCAAGUGGAUUGGAUAGCAGAAAGGAAAAACAUUCAUCUUCUCCUAAAAAUGAUAGUGGUCCUACAAAAGCAUCUUUGUUAGGGGAUCAAUCUCCCAAAAUAUCAGAUAAUCCUAUACUAAAACAUUCUGAUACUAAUAAUGCAGAAAGCAGUGAUAAAUUCCAAUCUUCUGGGACUCCCGAGACUGACAAAAGUACUUCAGCAAAUAUACUAUAUGAUAUGUUGGCAAAAAAGACUUUGCCAAAGUGUUUUAAUAAAAUAUAGUUGUUGUGAUUGCCGGAGGCGACGCUUCUCUUGUGAGUCUCAUAUUUACAGAAAAAAAUCAUAAACGAUGUUAUCAUAACUCUAAUAGUGGUGAAUUUACUAACUAGUGUGUUUUUACACCUGAAAAAUUAUGUUUAGAUACGUUUAAGAUUCAAUUUAGGUUUUGUUGUCGAUUUGGUAUGUGUAAAAGUACUUUUUUAAACUUUUAUAUGUAAAGAAAACCCAGAUAGUCAUCAACAAAUAAUGUUACAUUCAACAGAAGUACUAAACAAUUCGUCAAAUACUUGUGUCUUAUCUACUCUUUUAUGUUAUUAUUCAAGUUUUGUUUAAGAAGGAUAGAAUGAUGAUAUGUUAAAAAUUGAAUGCGAUGUGGUAUUUCUUCGCUAGUAUGUAAUUAUAUAAAAAAAUUAAUUAGCUGUAAAUACAAAAAUUAAAACGUUUAUAAGAUUUUUGUUCAAUAUUAUUAAAGGGUAUGAGAAAGCUAUGAAAA